UAUCAUCUUGUACGUCAUAAUAUGCAAACUGGUUGUGAUGGUUCAGAAAAGCCUAAAUUUCCAUGUCAAGUUUGUGGAAAAGUUUUUAACCGAAAGGAUAAUCUAAGAGAACAUUUACGUGCUCAUGCUGGUCAAACUAAAAAGAAGCGWACUUAUAAUUGUGAAUAUUGUAAUAAAGAAUUUGUUGGCUCUGCAUUAUUAACAGUUCAUAGAAGAAGUCAUCUAGGUUACAGACCAUAUCAAUGUGAUUUAUGUCCUAAGCGUUUUCCAUCCAGUGGAGCCAUGAAAAAACAUCGUAGAAUUCACACUGGUGAACGCCCAUAUGAAUGUCAACAAUGUUUUGCUAAAUUUGCGGCCAAAGAAACUUUAAAUCGUCAUAUCAAAACACAUACUGCUCUUAAACCACAUUCAUGUGGAUUCUGUGGCAAGACCUUUAUACAAAUUUCACAAUUGCGUGCCCAUUUAUUCCAUCACACAGGUGAAAAUGGUUUUACAUGUGAUAUUUGUGGCAAAUCUUUUAAUCGUCGUUCACGUUUAACACUCCAUACUAGAUAUGUACAUGAAGGAGCUGAACCAUUUAUGUGUACUGUAUGCAACAAAGCUUUAUUGCGAAAAGAAGAUGUACAGAGACAUCAUAUUGUUCAUUCUGGUAUUAAAGCUCAUGCAUGUCCUAUUUGCGAAAAACGAUUUGCAAUGAAGUCUUCUUUAAAAAUUCAUUUAUUAACUCAUACUAAAGAGCCUCCACGAGCAUGUGAUGAAUGUGGUCGUGCAUUUAUUCGUCAAGAUUGUUUAUUGCGUCAUAUGCGUUCAAAACAUAGAGAUAUGUUAGCUGAAAUUAUGGCUGAUGCUGAAAAGAAAAAACUAGAAGCUCAGCUUUUGGGAGUAGUGAAGAAAGAUAAAGGUAACCAAAAUGAUUCUGACGAAAUUGACAAUGAUAGAGAAGACGACAAUGAAAGUAUUGAUGAAUUGGAAGAUAAUGGGUCAACCACAAGUGAAGAAUCCAAUCAAAAUAAUACCUUGGCAGAAUCACUUAUGGAAUUGCUAACCGUUUUAGUAGAUGAAAAUACACUUAAAGAGUUUGGCUGGCCAGGAACAACUGUUGAUCAUUUAAUUGAAUCUGUGAUAAAGAGAUGCGGUCACGCACCGGUAGCCGCUGAAGAUGCUUCAUACAUGACUAGACUUAGGGAUAAUUCAAAACAAUUAUUUUCCAUUAUAAUUGAUGAUUCAGCUAUUCAAACACUACUCAGCAACCAAACAAUUGAAGAAGUUAUUGAACAUGUGUUAAAAUUGGCUAAAGCCUAAUUUAGGGUCAAAUCACAAAAUUGUUUUUAAUUUUUGUCUAUUUAAUUUUUACAACUAAUUUAUCAAAAGUCCGACUAUAUUUUUAUUAUU